CUCCUUGCCUGUGAUGCUGGGAGGAGACUCUGCAUGGCCACUUACCUGGAGCUGCCCACUCGUGGGAGGAUGCCCAUCCUGGGACUGGGGACCUGGCAGGAGAAUGCAGCAAAUCCUCUGUGUAAUGUUUCCUUUCGAAAUACUCCAGGUUCCCACAGCAGCCUCGGCGUUACCCAGCAGCUCUGACUCGAAGCCCUGCUCGUCUCUCCAGGGAGCAGCAAGAGGCGCGGUGAAGUUUGCCAUCGAUGUUGGGUACCGCCACUUUGACUGUGCCUACAUGUACCAAAACGAGAGCGAGAUCGGGGACGCGCUGCGGCAGAAACUUCAGGAGGGCGUCGUGAGGCGAGAAGAGCUCUUUAUUGUCAGCAAGCUGUGGUCCACCUUCCAUGAGAGAUCCCUGGUGAAGGAGGUGUGCCAGAAAACACUUGCUGCCCUCCAGCUGGAUUAUUUGGAUCUCUACCUGAUGCACUCUCCCAUGGGAUUCAAGGCAGGAGAGGAGCUAUUUCCUGCAGAUGGAAACGGCAUGAUCAUUCCCAGCGAUACACAUUUUCUGGAUACGUGGGAGGCUAUGGAAGAGCUCGUGGAUGUGGGAAUGGUGAAGGCUAUUGGAGUCUCCAACUUCAACUGCGAACAGAUCGAUAGGCUCCUGAGCAAACCAGGCUUAAGACACAAACCUGCAAAUAACCAGAUUGAGAGCCACCCCUAUCUUCCUCAGGAAGAGCUGAUUAAGUUUUGCCAAUCCAAAGGGAUCUCUGUCACUGCAUACUGUCCCCUUGGAGCACCCAACUGGCCAGGGUCCAAGCCUGACCAUAUUUCCCUUUUUGAUGAUCCUCAAAUUAAGGAAAUUGCUCUCAAGCACAACAAAACGGCAGCUCAGGUGCUUAUCCGGCUCCAGAUUCAAAGAAACGCGAGUGUAAUUCCCAAAUCUGUCACUCCACAGCAUAUUGAAGAAAAUUUUAAGGUGUUUGACUUUGAACUGACUGAAGAGGAGAUGGAGACCCUCCUUGGUUUCAAGAAGCGCUAUCGCAUCUGCGCAUUAAGCGAAUGCAAAAAGCACAAGGACUAUCCUUUUUUUGAGGACUGACACACAGAUCACCUUCAGAUCUUCCGGGGAUCCAGACCAUUUAUUGUUGUUUCAAGCAAUGUGCAAGAGUUCGUGUACUAAUUCACUACAGACAUG